GUCAAUACUCAAAAUAAAUCAGGAUAAACAACCAGCCGCCUCGGGAAAAAAACACUCUUUUAUUAGUACGUUAGUGAACAUAUGGUUGCAAUAUGACUACAUUGUAAUGAUAUUGUUAAGUUUCAAAGGGUAAAAAUAAAGUGUAUUUAUAUGAAUGCGGAAUCAUUUUUUCCGAGAUUUGUCCAGCAGUCAGAUCAGAUUAGCCACUCCUCCGUUAGCACACGGAUGCUGACAAUGAUUGUUAACAGUUAGCAUUGAGCUAACAGUUACUGUUCACACCAUUUCCAAACAUGGCUGAGGACCUGAAAGAUUUCGCGCUUGAGAAAGCCGAACUGCUAUCCACCCGUCUAAAAGAGGCACUGACUCUGGGAAACGACUAUGUUCGGGCCCAGUUCGGAAUCGAUCUGGAUCUGAAGCCUGAGCUGUACCCGACGUGGGUAAUCCUAUCCACGGCCGCCGCAGGAGUCCUGCUGGUGCUCUGUCUGUCGUGGGCCGCGGUCUGUGGCGGUCUGUUGGCUGGGAAAAAGCGGGGAUCCCCGAUCACCCAAGGCAGCAGUGAGCCCGACAAGGCCAGCGUGGCUAAACCAGCCAAACCAGAGGAGCCGAAGAAGAGAAACAGAAAGAAAACUCUUGAAAAGGUACUUUUAGUCGAGAUUUAGUCGUUGUGAGUCAAUGAAAAUAGCAAGUUUUUCUAAUUUACUGUCUUGUGAAACAACAACGCUAAUGCUGUGCAUGACUCUGCUAGCAUUAGCAAGAUCAUACAUUCAUCCGGACUGCUAUUAAUGAACAUUAGACCGUCAUGUUUGGCGUUAGUGUCCGUUAGCUUUCUCUGUGUCUCUAAUAUUACCCAAUGCUAGCGUUAGCAUGUUCAUUUUUAAACCGAAAUUGAGCUCAGAGACGAUCAUGUGCAAUAAUUACAAAAUGAUUACAAUAAAGUAGGUGAUAAAACAUGGAACAAACCAUGAUGUGAUGCUUAUUGACUAUCUGUAUGAAGAGACAACUGUAAUGUCAUUAUCGAGAGCUAUGCCAGCUAGUUGCAACAUUAAGGUUAGCUGACACGUUGCAUUAGCUAACUCAUGAGAUCAAACUUAAAACACGCAUAACCUAUCCUCUAUACUUGUAUAAAAUGUCUAUUAAUUUCAGAAUAAAUGUGCAAUCCUCAGCUAACGUAAUCUAUAUUCUUGUUUAAACUGUUGAGUAAUUUUUAAAACAUAAAAUGAAUUGUGAUUUUACCUAAAUUGGAAAGGAAAAGAGGAUUGAACAGGCUUUUGGCUUGUUUAGUGUUUCUUUUUUUAGGUUUGUGAAACUUAUACUGUUUAUGAGAUGUAUGUUUUCCUCUCCCAGAGAGCUCAAUCCAACGGACAACCAGUGACUGGGGCUCAGGAGGAAGUAAAAGCGGCCGAGGGAGUUUCCAAAGUAGCUCCUCAGAUCAAGCCGGAGAAGGUAUGUAUUUUCAUCCUCUGCCAAAUUAGGAGAGACAUGUGUUUUAACUCUUCAACUCAGCUCAAUACAUGAUAGUUAAGUUGUGUUUUCUUCUCAUCAGAUUGUCUUGCAUGUUAUGGCCUCAGAUGACAGUGUUACAGCUGUUAUUUCUCUUAAAUCUGCAGGUUCAUGAGGUGCUGCCCCCAGUGCAGGUGAAAAAGAACAAGAAGAAAGCCAAGGCAGAAGUGAAACCGGUUCAAAAUGUGUCUACGACUGAUGGAAAGGAACCUGAUGAUGGUAUGAUUCAACUGAGGUUACCCCCAAUUUCCACCGCAUCCGGAACGGCUACGAAAAGCCUGUGUCCACCAAUCGUAGCUGAUCAUAACCAUUCAAGUUAAUGUGUCAAUUUCCACUGGCUUCUCCGUUCUGCUGCGGAUCGCCGGACUCCACAGCGUAUCGAUAGAGAUCUAUUUUUUCCAGCCGGGCACAGACACAAAAUAAAACAUCCGGCUUCUUUUCAAAAUAAAACACUCCCUGCUUUAGACAGAUCGUAUUUCACACCAUGCAAACAGGCGGAGACGAACAAGUGAAAGGUUUAUAGACAGCAUUUCACCUUGAUGAGAGGAUGAUGAUUUUAUAAGGCUAGAAGUAGAUUUCCUCCUCUGGAAGGAUACAAUCUACUGCUUAUACGGUUAGCCUAUGUGGCGAGAGACAGCUUGUUAUCGCGCGAUUGCAUUUGAAUCCGUGGGUUCAUGUAAGUUCUCGCAAUUUUUGCUGUCCGUAAUCUGCCACGAAAUUCGCCUCACCAACGGAUCUGGUAGGAAUUGACAGACGGCAAAAAUCGCCACCGUUCCGGAUUGGAGCCGUUCCGGAUGCGGUGGAAAUCCCGGGUUAGAGGAAUGACACAAUAACUCAUUUUUCCUGUCAGGCUUCUCAGCACAUAGUUAAUCAAAUUUCACCCACAAUUUACUUUCCUAAAUACUAUUAGAUCAUUACCCUGCACAAACUAAGUCAACUAAUUAUUUGAUGUUUACCUUUUGGGUGCUUGUCAGGUGCAUGGGAGACCAAAGUCAGCAACCGAGAGAAGAAGCAGCAGCGAAGGAAGGACAAGGGCCCUGAGGACUCAGGCAGCCCUGGAGGGGUGGAUACCCCAAAGACCAGUGUGGAGGCUCCUGUAGCAACAGCACCUACCAACACUAAAAAGAACAAGGGAAACCAAGGUAAUCAUCGAUGAAUUGUUCAAAGUGGGGCUCGGUGUAUGAUCAAAUAUAAAGCCGUAAUCUAAAGAUGAUGGUUGUCUUGAAAGUAUGAUGAAUGUUCUCAUGUGCCGCUGUGAGCAGUACAAUCAUGAUAAAACAAUGAAGGUUUAGUAUGUUGUACGCUACUCACAUGUGGUCUCUUUUCACAUUGUUUCAGAGACACUGCAUUCAAGAACCACUGGAAAGGGGGACACAGCCACUGGAGCUGGUAAAGACAAACUUAAACCAUUAUUUUUAGUGACCUACCCUUCCUCUACCAUGCUCUUUAUAAUACAGCACAAACUAUUGUCUCAGAUCCAGAUAUCUUAAGUGUAUUCAUGCAUCUGAAAUGCAGAAUGUCCUGAACUAAAGGUGCUUCCUCAUACCUUAUCUCCUCAGUGUCUUCCAGCUGGAGAGAGGAGACUUCAGUCAAUGGGGGAGGCUGGACUGACAUUUCUAUGAUCCCAGGUCAGAUGGGUGCAAUGGAGGGUAACAAGUGGAGCACCAUCCCGGCAACUGCUCACUACAGAGCCCCACCAAAACGCGAGUCCUGGGCUCAGGACGCUCAAGGUAACUCCCAGACCUAGGUAGAUCUUUUUAUAGCGCAGAUUGAAAUAAAUUGUAAGAGGAGAAGAGUAUCAACACCACGUAAUUUCCAUGUGGUCGGUAAAGAGUGCAGCACUGAGUCUGAUCUGUUUUGGUGCUACACGGCAAAUUGGAUUUAAAAUGUAGGAAUGCAAGUGAGGUUGAAGUAACAACCUUAAGCUGUGAGUGUAAUGUGGUAGUGGUCAUGUCACUAAUACAGUAAGCUUCUUUUAACAUGAAUGAACCAGCUGUACUUCAGUUUCCCCUGAUUUAGUCAUCAAACAUACCCAACGCUCUAUAAAGACAGUGUUUUAGUGAAAUGUAUCACUGUACUCUGUAUUAAAUAUUUCUACCAAACAGUCACUAAUCAGUGUUAUGUGUUCUCACCAGCUGCAUGGGGUGGCAUUGAUGGCCAGAUGAAGAGUAACCUCAACCCUGUGUCUUUCACCAUGCUGGGACGGAACACCUCUGGUCAGUAUCAGCCACUAACUAGAAUGAUGAGUCAGAAUAUAUCUGAAGUAGUUUCCUCUAUUUAACAAGAGCUUCCAGGGAUAACACUACUCUCUGUUUGUGUCCCUUUUCUUUCCUCUUUUAGACCAGAUAUCAAACUCCAUCGAGCUUCAGUGGGCAGGCAGCCCUGAGGUUGAUGAUGAAUGGUCUGGAUUCAGUAAGUUUUUCAACAACCCUCUCUGCACCACACACCCUUCUCAGUAAUGUUUGAUCAUUGAAAAGAUAAAGAGACAGUCAGAUAUGACCCUUUCAGUGUGAUAUUUUGACUUGAAUACACUUGGUUUAUUCAAAGAAUGCAAAGGUAUCCAUGCACAGACAAAUAAGAUCUACUUCUUCUUAUUUUAUAACUUAUAAAGCCACCCUGUAAAUGAGAGUUCCCUUCCUUUUCUUUUUUUUCAGAUGGGACUGCAUCAGCGGAUCCCAGCUCCGACUGGAAUGCCCCCGCUGAGCACUGGGGAAACUACGAGGAGCCUCCUGUUUUGCUGACAUCAGCACCUCAACCAAAGGAACAGCCUGUCUCCCACAAGGUCUCACUCACUCUCUGCCAAAUCGUCCACAUGGCAAACUCCAUCUGUUUAACAAUCCUUUCAAGGCUUUAAAGCCUUUUAUACUAUUCUAAGAUGACCUAUUUUAUUCUAUUUUAUUAUUUUUUAAAUCAAUAAGUAAAGAAAUAUGUUCACUGGCAGUAUAGAAAUGUUUUAACAGCAUUAUCUACUAUUAUUAUUCAUAUCCUAUAUCUUUCAGGCCUUUAAAUACCUCCUGCCAUGCUCACAAUGAUGGAAUACUCCACUUAGUAUAAUUUUUGAUUAACCAAGUUUUCAUAACAGGUGUCAGAGGAUGAGAAAGACACUGAGGAUCCUUCUGAUGGAGCAGCCAAAUCAAAGAAGAAGAGGAAAAAGAAGAAGAAAACCGAGGAGGAGGCAACACCAGAGUCUCAGGUAGGAGAAAAAAAAAACACGCAUGCUAAAGAGAUUGGCAAUGUGAGCAGAGGGAUUUCCCUGUUUUGAUGAUGAUGUUGCAUUUGGGUGAUUGUAGAUGGUGAGCACAAUGCCCCUAGUCGAUACAGUGACGAAAACCCAAGAGCCCCCUGUGCUGGCCUCCAAAAAGCAGAAUCAGAGCAUAUCCUCUCAGAGUAAGUGUCAACACUUUAUCUCUUAAUUUGUAAUCGCCCAGAGACUGACAACUUUUUUUUUUACUUUGAUAAUGAUUAUUUAAUACAUCUUUCAUCUUUAACCCACUUACAGAGAAGUCUGAACCAGCCAUGGAGCCUCCAAAGCCCUCCCAGAAGAAGAAAGUCCGAAGGGAAACAUGAAGUCUCAUCACAGGUCCAUACGAAGCAUAUGCAAAUGAUUGUUAAUGUGUCACAUGCAAUAAUUACCAGGUACAGAGCUUAUUUCAGAGAUACAUCAACAGUUUAUCAGUUAAUGAAACAAAGAGAAAAACAAGCAGUGGAUAUUUUUCUGCUUGGCUUAACAAAGUGAUGAAAUGUGGUCCUAUGGACUGAAAUCUUAACUAAUUUGCACUAUUUGCUACACUGCAACCAGGGUGGAGAUUCAGUGGAAGUUGUGGCAGUGAAGGUACAUGUUUAUGUUACCCUUUUUUUGGUAUCAAAGGUGUUUUUUUCCCCCACCAUUUGUUUAAAUUAUGGUAUUUUUAGUUAAACUGCAGUUGACCUAAAAAUACAUCGCAGGUUUAUUUAAAUGUACGCAACAAGUAAACAUCUAUUAUUAUUAUUAUUCCCCUGAAUAUUGCUCUUAUUUUCACCAAACUGAUGCCCCAUGUCAUUGAUUGAAGUGUGUCAAAGUACACUGCAUUUCACAGCUGGUCUCAGAUCAGAAUAGCUCUGAUUUUCUACAAGAAUGAAAUGCCCAUAUGUGCACUGAAAGCCUUAAAGCCGUUGGAAAUUCGACAAGUCUUAAAUGUUUAUAUGAUAUCAAAGCAUUCAUGAAAUCUGAAUGAAAUGAAACAGCAUUUCUCCUGACUGUGUAGGCGAGGUAUAAAACGUUUUGAUUUUGAGGUCUGCACACGACAGCAGCAGAGGAGAAUAUGAACUAUUAAGUGCAGAGUCAGAAUAAGAGAAUGACAGCUUAGUUUUUUACUGGAGAAGUUUAAUAUAAUCGUAGGCAGCUUGGUGAGAUGAUGAUGCUCUUUACUUGUUCUUGAGGUAGAAUAUGCAUGGCUUGAUGACUUUCUGCUAGAUUGAUACUUUAAAACUAUAAACCACUGCCAAUGACAAGACAUCAUUGGUCAGAACAAAAUACCACAAAAACAACCAUUCGCAGAUGCUGCAGAAGCUUGAAAUAAAUAGGCAAAUUGAUACUGUAUGAUACAUUACUGAUGCUGUACUGUUUGAUUUAUAUACUGUCUUAAGAUUGGCUGGUGAAAUCUUGCACAAGUCUCAAUAAAUAUAAAAAUAUUACUAAGCGCAAACCAGUUUUUAAAAAUUACUCAAAUGACAGCUUGGUUUGAACUAUUUUCUAAUAUCUUAAGAUGCCAACUGUAAUGAACAGCCCAAAUAAAUAGCAGUAAAAGGCGAGAGUGGAUUUGGAUUUCCAGUGGCUUUAAGGCCUGUUUUGAUCAGCCCCACCACUUAGGCCAUAAAGUACAACUACAGUGUAAAAAAUGGGGUACAAAAGUCCAGUAUUAUGGUUUGUGCAAAAAUGCAUUAGCUAGAAUGAGGGUCAGCUAACUCAGAGGCACCUUGAUUUUGCCAUCACUGAAAGCUGAAGCCUCAUAGUAGAUGAUAUCUGAAAGUCAAACGUCACCAAAGGAUUUCAUACCCUGUUUCUUACAUUGUCUUUACUUUACUGCAGAAUUGUGGUCGUAACAGCGACCUUUACUCCUCAAGAUUAGAAAUAAAACAUGAGUGUUAAUGGAUUUCUUCAUCCUUUAAACAGUGUGUUACAAAAUUCGUCAUUUGAUCAGAAACACUCCUCUUCUUGUUGGCGUUACGGUUUUAAAGCCCUCCUUUUAUGAAGAACGGCAGCUGUGGUCAGGUUGAAUUUUGAGUUGAUUUGAGUGCUGGGAAGUCUGGAGGUAAAACCGUCUCUAUCUCACUCCUGCAGUGUAAGUCAUUGCUUCACUGUCCAACAGAUGAUAGUAUGCUCUUAAGAUUUCAAUCCCAAAUAUCGUUGAAUCCACUGCAGACUCUGGACUCUGAAGCAGUGGAUUUAGCAGAUUUGUCGGUAUAAUGAGUAAUCUUCGGAGCACAUAUCAUGAAACGAGCUGAAAAGACAAACUGAUCGGUCAGAGCAGAUACUUUUCUCAGAGGUGUCCAUAAGUUAGAAAUUUGUGAACUGAUUCUGACUCAAUGUCGGGGACUGUUGAUAACUGUUGUAUGGAGAGCACAGUAGCUAGUUUGAACCACCAGGUGGCACUGUAAUGUGAAGUGAAGAUGUAGUGGGAUAAUCCCAUAAAUCAGUAGCACUGAUAACUAUUGUCUCUCUACUUUUAUCAUUCUGAGUGUGUCUGUUUUUAUCUGACUAAACUGUGCGUUGAUUUUCUAUAGACUUAAUUGUCCUUUUUGCACUCUAUAAGUUUUUUAGAGCAUUUUUCUUCCAGUUUUGUGCUAGAAAAAGCCAUGCCAUAUGUACAGAUUGUAAGGGCUUUUUCCAGGUAUGUGAUUGCACUGUGCAAAAGGCAGUAAUGAGUUCCUUUGAUGUCAAUGAAUUGUUUUUACUACCUUUUUUGGAAUGUGAAAAGUGUAUCUUUAAAGUUUGCACCCGACUCCCAGGAUUUCUGAUUUGGGGGGCGUUGGGCUCGACAUAAAUUCAGAAUGGAUACAGAAAUAUGAUGUGGAGCAGCUUUAAUUUUACAUCAAUGUUGGUUUAAAAAGACACACACACAAUUACACAUAUUUAACAUAUAAAAGGAAUUUAAUUCCAUUGCCUUAACCUGUAGUUGUAUAGAAAGUACAUUGGCAUCCUUUUUAUAGUUUCCAUCCAGUUGCAAGUUUUUUGAUGUCUGAAAGUAAUUUCAUCUUGCAUGUCUUUGAUAAUAGUACCUGUGUACAUGAAAUUAAAUGAUCUUGCUUUAACUGUUAGUACUUGUUCCUGGAGUUCAACCCAGUGUAUAUACUGUACUAGCUUUUUUAAUGAGACAAAUUGCAGCUUUUUUCCGUGGGCCUAAAAUUUAGUGGACAUUAACAGGAUCGUGUUCGUAGGGCAGAGAGUCUUAGAGGGUCACGACGUUGAUCAGACGGUAUUGAUACAUAGUGUUUGGUAGACCUGAUAGAACAAAAUGACAUGUUGCUGUGGCUUCAGGCGCCCUUUUUUUGUUUAAUUUUUACUGAUGAUUAAGAUUCAAUCAAUGUAUUUAUAAACUUGUCUCUAGAAAGCAGUUAUGUGAAUGAUUUUGUUUAUUGAGAAGAUACAAAUGAUAUUUCUAUGUUUGUUUGGUAAAAAUGAAAAAUAAACAAGAAUUGCUUGAUAUCAUGUCAUCGAAAUGCA